AUGUUUGAUAAUAUGUUUUCCUUUUUUGGUGGACUAGCAUCUAAAGCCAAGUCAAAAAUUAUUGAAAAAGCAUUAUAACCUAUCAUUGACUAUAAUUUUGAAAACAUUUUUGAAUAGAAAAUUGCAAUUAAAGAUUUAAAUAAAGGAAUUACAAAUGUUAAAUUAAACACAAAAUAUAUAAAUGGAAUGCUUAAAACUAACACUUUAAAAGAGUUUCAGAUUAGUAAAUAAUAUUAUCUAAUGAUAGAAUUUAUAAAACUUGAAAAGCUGUAAUUAUAAAUGAGUGAUGUAGAAGUAGUAUUAGAUUUGAAUACUAAAAUUCAAUAAGAAGAAGUUUUAGAAUCUCUAGAAGUUGAAAAUUUAGUUAACCAAAGUGUACAUAUGUAGAUGGAAUAAUUAAAAAAGGAAUUUUUAGUAAUAAGUAUUUAUAAAUUUAGUGUGAAAAUAGUGACUCUUAUUUUUCAAAUGAAAUCAAAACUCCAAUUUAAUAGAAUGGAUCAAAUAAAACAUCAUCAAAAACUGUUAUGUUCUUAAGAAUUAUAGAUAACAUUUUUGGGAAUAUAAAAAUUGAUAUUAAAAAUUUAAGGAUAAAAUUUGUUGGAAAAUUAAAUUCUAAUAAGAUAACUAGUUUUUCAUUUUUCAUAAAUAAAAUCAAUUGUUCAAUGCAGAAACCCUAAAAUACCAAUUAAAUCCUUUUUUUAGGUCUUAUUGAUUAAAUUAAACUCUAUCUUGAUGACACUAAAUAAAUAGGAUAAAUGGAUAAUGCUUUAAAAUUAGAUGUUUAUUUAAAAUAGGACACAGAACCAAAAAUAACAAUUUAAGCUUCAUAAUUUUAAAUAAUAGUAUCAUUAAAUUAAUUGGAUUAAAUAAUGUAAUUAUUUGCUUAAAGUGCAUAAGUUUUGGAGUAGAGAGAAAAUACAAUAAAAGAAGUAUUAAGAUUUAGCAAUAAUCUUUAAUAAAUUAGAAAUUCAAAUAAAUAAUAAUCUGGAGAGUUGUCUAAAAUUAUUAAUUUAAAUAAAUAUAAAUUAGAAGAGUAUUUUAAAAAAUCUUAUCAUGAUAAAAUUAUAAAUAAUCAAGAAUAUUUUGAAAGUACUUUUAUUGUUUAAGAUAUACCAGAUUCAAAAAUUACAGAUUUAUAUAUUUCAAUUAAAUAAAUGAGUGAAUAAAAGGAAUUUUUGGUUGCUAGCUUUUAAGGUUUAACUUUUUAUAUAACAUCUAAUGAAACAGAUCAAUAAUUUAAUUAUUAAUAAAGAAAUUUUAAGAUUGAUUUAGAAAAUUACUACUCAGUUUCAUUAUGUGAUAUAAAAAUUGUAAAACAUAAGAAAUUAAAUAUUUUUAUUAAUUCUUUACUAAUUUAUGAAUUAUAGAAAAUUGAACCAUAAUUUAGUAGUACAAGAGAUUUUAUUUAGAUAUAAGAAUAAGACUUUGUUAUGAUUGGGUCUUAAAAAUUUUUAUGCAAGAUAAUUAUUAAAACAGGGAAAGAUUAAUUUUUUGCUUAGGAAUUAAACAAAGAACUUUAUCAAAUUGAAAUUUAAGAACCAACAAUUUUUGCUUCAUAAACUUUCUUUGUUAGUCCAAUAAAAAUUGAAAUUAAAGAUAAAAGUAUUGUCAUGGACAUAACGCAAUUUAACUUAAUUGUUGACAAAAAUUAACUAUAAUUUAUUAUGAAAAUACUUAAUAUUUAUACUUAAAACUCAGCAAAACCAAACAACUAAGGUAAAUCAGAGACCUAAUUCAAAAUAUCCAAAACUAAAUUUUCUAUAUUUUAUCAUGUAAAUAGCACUUUACCUUCUAUAGGCUAAAAUUAUUAAACAAUAGAUGGAGAUUAUAUAUAAUUAGAUUUUAUAGAUUUCUUCCUUUCAACUCCAGAAUUUAAUGAAUAAAAUUCUGAAUCUGGAUAUUAAUAUAAAAGCUAAUUCAAAUUUGGAUGUUAAAGUAUUUGGGGUUUAGAUAAAUAAAUAUAAAUACAUAAUUUGAAUGGCUAUUUUGGAUCAUAGUUAUAAACUUCAACUUCAAAUAUAAAGAAAUUUAAUGAAGAAAAUAAAUCAUAAAUAACUCAAUAUUUGAAAGAAUGUAAAUUAAAACAAGAGUAGCAUUUAGAAUUGUAAAUAGAAAGUGUUAUCUUAAAUCAUAAUUCAUUUGAUUAGUUUUAUAGGAUGAUUUCUUAGCUAAACUUAGUAUUUAAUGAUAAUUCAAAAUAAACAUAAAAUAAUUAGAAAAAGCAGUAGAACUUUUACUUUUGUACUAAAAUUAAAAUAAUUGAAGUAACUCUAUAUUAAACUAUGUUUUUUUGUUUCAACCAUUUCAAGUAUUAUUUUACUAUUGAUUAUUAAUUUAUAUUAUUAGAAGAUUUAAAUGGUUUUUAUAAGAAUAAUUCAUAAUUAUUAUUGAUGAAUUAAGUUUAGGAUAAAUGGAUAUUCAAUCUUAUUAUGAAAUAAAACAAAAUAAAUCUUGAGUUUUCAGCUCUCAAAUUAAAUUUAACAAAUUUCAAUUUUGAUAAAUUAAUUUCUUGUAUCACAUAAUUCAUAAACUCAAUUUAAUUUGUAAAUCCACCAGUAUAAUAAAAUAAAUCAUAAAAUGAGAAGUCAUAAGUAAAUAUUUUAUUUAAAUAAAUAAUGAUUGAUAUUUUACCAUUCUAUAAUGAGGAAAUAAUCCUUUAGAAAAAAGGUUAAGCUAAAUUGAAUUACUCAAAAGAUUUAUAUUAAUCUUGGACAAGAUCAAUUUUAGUAAUUAAUAAUGCAAUAAUAAAGUAAGAUUUAAUCAAAAUUGAAGAAAUUUAACAUUAUUUUUAAAAUUGUAAUACAGCUAAUCGAAAUGAUGAAUUAAUAAAUUUAAAUGAAUUCUAGAAUAUAGGAUAGAUUUAAAAAAUUGAAUUAUUCAAAAAUAAAUUUUUGAAUAUCAAUUCUAUUCAAUUUUUCCGGAUUUCUAAAUAGAUAAUAGCUGAUUUAAUUGAUCAUUAUGAACAUAUUAGUAAGGAUUUUUAGAAAAAUAAUAAUAAGGUUGAUGAAAAAAAGAAUUAUUAAAAGUUAGAUAAAAUAGAAAUGAAAUCAAAAUUUUUUGAGAUUUGUUGUGAUUAAUUAUCUAUAACUAAUGAAUCUCAGACAUUUGAAUUAAUUAUCUAUUAUACAUAACUUGAUUUUGGACAGAAAUGUUUCUAACUUAAAUUAUCUAGAGCAUAAAUUUUAGAUAGACUUUAAUAGAGUAAAUUUAAAUAUAUACUUGAUGAAGAAGACCUGGUUGAAUUAGAAAAUUUCUAAAGUGAACUAAUAAAGGAACGAUUAUUUUUAGAUUUGAUAAUUUAAUUUGAUUAAGAUAGUCUGGCAUUAUGUUUAUAAUUAAAACCUAUAAGAAUUUGUUUAUCUGGAUAUUAAACCUAAGAAUUACUUAAGUCUUUUUAAACAAAAAAUAAGGAAAUUAAUACUUAAUUUAAGAAUGAAGAUGAUGAUGAAUGUUUUGAAAUUAUAUAAUAAAAGAAGCCUUUCAAUUUGUAAGUUGAAUUAUUUCCAAUUUAAUUUAUAGUUUCAUUUGAUUCAGAAGGUUUAGAUGUUGAAGGAUUGAAAACCUAAGUCUUAAAAUUUGGAUCAUUUAACAAUUUAAUUUUAGCUACAAAUGAAGUUUUAUAUUUUCAUUAGUUCAAUCAAACUUCAAAAUAGGAUUUUAUAUAAUUUUUAAAAAGCUAACAAUUAUCAACCUUUGGUAUUUUGCUUUAAGCAUAUAGUUCACUUGAAAUAACAAAAGCAGCUAGUUCAUUUACUGAUGCUAUAGUGAAUAUGGUUAGUAAGCCUUUCAUAUCAAAUAAUGGUUUUGUAAGAUAUAAUAAGUUAUAUAUAGUUAUAUGGAUUAAUUGAGGGUAGUUAUGAUUUAACUUGUGGGAUUACUUCAUCAUUAUUAUAAUUAACAGCCUUACCAGCUAGUGCUUUAAAUAAUAUGGCUAAUUAUAUUGGACUUGGUGUUAUAACUGUUCCCUUCUCUUAACUCGAAGAAUUUUGCAAAAAAUUAUUUUAUAAAGUAUCUAUAUAAAUUAAAAAAAAAUUAGAUAAACCCAGAAAAAGGAAUUCCAUAGAGAUUUCUUAAAGAUUAACAAUGA